AAUCACCCCUCCCUCACUUGAGCCAAAGUAGAGUAUAUCCUCAUAAUCUACACAACCACCAAAGAUGUCCAAAGACGAGUCAACUCAAGGCAUAGAAGCCUGUCCCGUCGAUCAUGCAACACGUGCAGCAUGGCUAAAAAACAAUUCCACCAAACCACCUUUCCCAGGCGCAACCCCUCCAUCAAAACCAGGUCCAAGUUGUGAUUCUUCAACCGUUGAUCAAACCACUCCUCCUACACAUACACCUUCAAGUUUCUUCUCCCGAUUGUUCUUCUGGGAUAAUGCAUCAUCUACGCCCUCUCAACCGCCAUCAACUCCCAAAUCCGCAACUUCUCCACCCCGCCUAGGACUCGACCGUGAAAUCUCCACGAUUCCUCGCGCAUCUCCUACUCCAAAUGAUACCCCCUCGUCCUCAUCUCCUUCAACCUCUCAUCCCGCGAAUUCCGAAUCUGAAUCUGGUGUUUCUGCAUCCGGGAAUUGGAUCUAUCCUAGUGAAAAAAUGUUUUUCGAAGCCAUGAAACGCAAAGGUCAUCAAUCGGACGCUGCAGAUAUGAAAACUAUUGUGCCGAUUCAUAAUGCUGUGAAUGAGAGGGCAUGGAAAGAAAUUAGAGAGUGGGAGGCGGGAUGGGGAAGCGAGAAAUGUGGUGGACCUCGUCUUCAUUCUUUCCUCGGACUUUCGCAAACCCUUUCGCCUAAAGCUCGAUUCAAUACACUUCUUGGAUAUACCGCUCCCUUUGACCGUCACGAUUGGGUUGUUGAUCGAUGCGGCAAGAGAGUUGAUUACAUCAUAGACUUUUACGCAGGCAAAGCUUCACCCGACGGAAGUGGAAAGCUGAAUUUCUUUCUGGAUGUUCGACCAAAGUUGAAUACCUUAGAAGGAUGGAAGAUGAGAGCUUGGAAGGUAUUUAACUAGAGCUCUACGUUGGAAAGAUGAGGGAAUGGGGAGGUUGAGAGUGUAAUCAAAACCCGGCAUCAUGCGCCACGAUCACAGCUUGUAGUAAGUGGAGAUGGACGGACAUGACAACUUUCAUGAGACCUAUCUUAUGGAUGUCUAGGAGAAGGUCCGAUUCAAGUUCGAUAUAAUUUCAGAUGGAACACAGGCCAGAACGUAUAUUCUGCCAUGGCUUCAGGACACAGGAGACAUGCGCCCAACAUCAUCGGAUGAGUGUAUAUCAUCUGAAGCUUUUCGAAUGCCUAUUUCUUCCAUCUGAGCCAUCCUAGAGACUUUGGUAUCGAAAGCUGAGAUGGAGAGGAGACGAUGUACGAUUAACGAAUUGAGAGGGAUAAAAUGGAAAGAUAGGCAUUGGAUUGUAAAUUAUAGGUGUUGCGGUGUUUGUAUACGGUGUUUGUAUACCGAUGUACUCUUUGAAUCUGACCUCAAAGGACAUACUCUCUGCUCCGGUUGAGCUGUACAAUAUAUAUGUAUGUACAGUCUAAUAAAUCCAUACCAAAUAAAUCCAUACCAAAUAAAUCCAUACCAAAUAAAUCCAUACCAAAUAAAUCCAUACCAAAUAAAUC